GACGGACAGGUGGCACAUAAUCAUGCGGCGUGUUUCCGCACUCGAAAACACAACAACGUAUUCAUUGUUUUGUACUUCUUUAUUGCAAUGUAAAAAAUAGUAUGACGAAAACACCAUUGACAAAUGACAACAAAUAAACAAAAAAGAAAAGAGAACAGCUACAACAGGGAAAGAGGCACUGUUGCAAAUUUUAUAGUUUAUCGAUCGUCACAAUUUUAACUUUUACUUUAGCUUUAGAGUUUGAUGACAGUUUAAUAGUUACAGUCCAUGUUCAUUUAAAAAAAAAAACUGAACUGCAAAAAAGCUUUUCUGUUGCGACGUUAAAAUGAAAUUUGGCAAGUAAAUGAUAAAAAUAACAGCAUAUUCCUGCUGGAUUUUCGGUGUGGAGGGUAUGCACAUGACACCACCGUAGGCGGAAGUCACUGCGGUAAUACCUGCUGGGUGGCAGAAAGACUGAGUGGCAGCAUUGGUGUUCAACUUGAAUGCUACGAAAACGCGCUUGAAAUGGUGAAGAGCUGCUGUGCGACUGAUUGUACAAAUCGAUAUAGCAAGAAAUCGGAGCUAUCUUUUUACAGACUGCCGAAAAAUAAAGAAAGGAGAAUCAAAUGGAUCACUGCGAUGCGCAGAAACAACUGGAAUCCAGGCUCGGAAACGUGGAUUUGCGGUUUUCAUUUCGUGUCAGGAAAAAAGAGUGAUGAUCCUCUACACCCUGACUAUGUGCCAAGUAUAUUUAGUUUCACCUCCACCGCUGAUCAAAACCUGGCUGUCAACAACCUGGAAAAAUAUCUACGAUCUCAAGAAGUUUGUAAGAAAAGACAUGUCAGCAGAAGUAGAGAACUAGCUGCCACAGCUCUUCUGAACCUGCAUCAAAGUCCUGCAUCACAAGCAGGGGCACGGGCUGUAGAAGUCCAAGACACUGAAGUCCAGACAGAGGAGACGCACAAUGACAUCAGCUCCUUACAUGAACAGAUUAAAUCUUUAAAUACUGAAUGCCAAUCACUGAGGGAGAAGGUUCACAAAUUAGAAAGUGAGUUGAAGCGUCAUACUCUUGACCCUUCACAAUUUGAUGACAGAAAGAUGAAAUUGUUCACAGGAUUACCCAAUUUACAGGCUUUCAUGUUAUUGUUCAGCAAUGUGUCAUCAGUUCUUUCUGCUAGUGCAGAACAGUCCCUCAAGCCUACUCAGGAACUUCUCCUUACACUGAUGAAACUGCGCCUCAAUCUGUCUGAGGAAUUUUUAGGCCACCUCUUUGGGAUUAAUCAGUCAACAGUUUCAAGAAUCUUUUGCCAUUGGAUACAUGUCACAGUUGACAAACUUCAAUUGACAACCGCCACCGAGUUUACCUAAACAAAAAGAACAAGCAGUUCACUGCAAGAAUGGCUUUUUUUAAUUAUUUUUUUUUUUCUUAAAUGGCAAAAUGUACGUGAUUUUACCUCUAUGAAUAUUGUGGAUGAUUUAAUUUUCUUGUGGAGACACAUUAUUUGUGCUUAUUGAAAAUCAAAUGUUUUGAUGUCAUAUAUAUAUAUCUGAUAAAUCUCGUCAUUUUCAUUGUUUCAUAUGCUCAUGUGUAAAUUUCUCCAUAGGACAUCUUGUUUUCAUUCUAGAAAGAAAUGGAACAUUUAUAUAUUUCACUUAGGCGCUCUGUGAAUAAAAAAGCAAUUACAACUUUAAAAACAUAUAUUUUCUUCAAAAUAUUUCUUUACAACUGUAUUUUGUACCCCCUAACAUGUGUGUUGGUUUGUUAUAAAUAUGUUGUUGUUUAAUAAUAAAAAAAGCGAGAGUCUGUUUAAAGACUUA